UCACCGUCGCUCCUGCAGUGAUUUCUCCUAGUCGUAGCGGACAGACUUGUUAAUCAUCAAAAUGGACUGAAACGACUAAUUCUCACAUGGCAGGGCGGUGGAAAAAUAAUUUAUCCGACGGUUACAUGAGUGGAAUAAACCCGUGUGCUUGGCUUCAACAGAACAGAGAAAGAGGAGUGAAGGUGAGCAGUGACCAUGGGGGCUGUAUUAGACUCUCUCCUCACCACAGCUGGCCAGCUGCCAUGGCUGCUUCUGACCCUGUUUGCAUGGUGGACAGUCUUGUGUUCUGCAGAUACAAAGCAGACAAGAUGGCCAUUAUAUUCCCAGAAACCAGUGCUUCUUGCGUGGAAUGCCCCAACACAGGAGUGCGCGCCACGACAUGGUGUAACUUUAUCUUUGGACCAGUUUGACAUUGUCGCAUCUCCCAAUGAGGGCUUUGUCCGGCAGAAUCUCACUAUUUUCUAUAAGGAACGCCUUGGGUUGUAUCCCUAUUAUGAGCGUGGUGGUACAGCAGUGAAUGGAGGUCUUCCACAGCUUGCCAGUCUCAGUCAGCACUAUGAAAAGAUGCCUGAAGGUCUGCAAAAAUACAUAAGAGAGAUAGAUGCAAAAGGCUUGGCUGUUAUUGACUGGGAGGAGUGGCGUCCAUUGUGGAUCAGAAAUUGGUAUACUAAAGAUAUCUAUCGAAAUAAAUCUCGUGAAAUGGUAGCCAAAAAGAAUCCAAAGUGGACCCCAGAACAAGUGGGGAAAGUUGCACAACAAGAAUUUGAGCUGUCAGCUCGAAAAUUCAUGCUGGAAACUCUGAGACUUGCCAAGAACCUGAGGCCCAAUCAGCUGUGGGGCUUCUACCUUUUCCCAGAUUGUUACAACCAUGACUACAGGAAUGGCCUGAAAAACUACACUGGUCGCUGUCCUGCUGUGGAAGUGGCCCGCAACGAUCAGCUUAACUGGUUGUGGAUGGAGUGUACGGCAUUUUUUCCGUCCAUUUACAUGGGUUCUAUACUACGUUCUACAAAGUAUGGACGCCUCUUUGUCCGGAACAGGGUGAAGGAGGCAUUGCGCCUGGCAUCUGUUGGAGAUGGAUUAGCACGUCCUGUUUUUGUUUAUACAAGACCUACGUACAUCAGUCAGAUGACCCUCCUAACUGAGACUGAUUUGGUCUCCACCAUCGGUGAGAGUGUCGCACUUGGAGCUGCAGGUGUGAUCUUCUGGGGUGACACCUCCUAUGCAGACAGUAGUGUCAGCUGCUCCACUGUAAAUCAGUAUCUUCUGGGACCGCUGGGCAGGUACCUGCUCAAUGUGUCCACUGCAGCAGAGCAGUGCAGCCAGGUGCUGUGUAAAUCCCACGGCCGCUGUCUCCGCCGAGCACCAGACAGUGAUGUGUACCUGCAUCUCAGCCCCUCAACACAUCGGAUAACUACUCAAAGUGGCCAGCUGAAGGUUACAGGAGUUCCUGGCCAAGCCGAGCUGGCUGUUUUCCGCACACACUUCCAGUGCCAGUGCUACAGUGGAUACAGGGGUGAUAGCUGUGCUCAAAAAGAAAAAGGGCAAAAUAGAGCCUCCUCUGUCUUUGGGACCUGGCCUCUUUGCCUUUUACUCCCACUUGGACUCCUCACUCUUCUCCACUGAGAAAACUGAGAAGCCCAAAAACUAUUCACUGCUUCUGCCAGCCCUGAAAAGGACAGUUCAGACUCUCUGACAUAAAGGCGGUAAGUUACCGUGCACUAGUGAUAGUGAUGCUUUGACAGCAGCAGGUUUUCAGGCCUGGAACCAGAGAUAUCCCAGUUUUUAUCCCAGACCUCAAGCAACAUAUUUGUGUAUGACAAGUUGCAGUGCGAGAUCAACAAUCUCAGGACUGCCUUCUGGAAAUAAUGUCUGUUCACCAAUAUUUCAAAUGUCAUUAACUCUUAUCAAAUUAUGUCAAAUCUCAGAAGUAUCUCCUAAAGGCCUCUUCUGUGCUAACCUUGACCUGAGACUCUGAAUCCAACAGGACUGUAGUUUAAAUGUGGGACAGUCUCUGAAAACAAAAUGUUUUAUUUAUGUUUUGGUCACUAAAAUGGAACAAAAAGUGGAAGAAAUGUACAUUUGAUUCCCAGCUGCAUCCAUUACUGGCAGUUUGUUGGUGCAUCUGCAUCUUGUUUAUACUGAUGCCCAAAUGUAGCAUUAUAGUUUGUAUUUGAUUAGGAUGAAUAGGAUCAAGCUGUUGAGUGUUAUAUAGCCUUAUGAAUUAAUUAUAACACUAACAUAAUGCCAGAAGGUUCUAAAUGAUGCUAAAUGCAGUCUCAAAUCUUUCUGAUUAUCUUUUGCUUAUAGAAACAAUGUGGCUGGACCUGCCUGUUUCAAUUCAAAAUUGUGCCUUAACAGGGCUACAAAGUGCUCUUUUUUAACUGUUGCCUUGGUUUACAAACUUUAAUUAUUAUUAUGUAUUAUUUUCAGUAGUGUUCAUCUCAGUGCUCUGUAUUGAUAUUACCUCCAUAUUGCCUCACAGUUUUUUUUAUAAUUAAAUAAAAUGUAUAUAAUAAAGUGUAGCCAGCACAUAAUAAACCAACAGAGAAAGAUAUUAUUGUUUAAUUCUAAUGGUAUCCUUCAUUUUACAUGGAUAUCACUGUGUCAAAAUGUUCAAUUUUAGGAAACAGGAAAUGUAACUUUUACAUUUUUUAAAAUUUUAAUUACCUUGAUAAUGCAGAUUGUCAAAACAUUUUAAAUGAACAGCUGGCCAUAGCUGGUUUAAGUUUCUUCCAGAUAUAUUGGAAAUUUUAGUAAAGAAAUGCCAAAGCUGUGAUCAUUUUUUCAGUUUUAAGAUUUUAUACUUGGUACAUCUUGGCUUCAUUUACAACCAAAUGUAAAGGGGAUGUUUUGAAUACAUUUGUGUUUGUGUUAGAAAGAUUCAGUACUUGCAGAAUGAGAAAUCAAAUGCUUAGAAAUUCAAUAUUGACUUGGCUUCCUACACAACAAUUAGAGGAUAUUUUUUGUGUGUAGUUUAUUUGCUUGCACUGUAGCUUGUGUCGGGAUUCCUGCCGGUGACACUGUGUUGAUAGCAGCUACUGUAGGUACAUGUUUAGUUUGUUGUCUAUAUAUUUGCUAGACUGAAGCUAGCUGAGCAGUUUCAUAUUUGUACAGUAGGUUCUUUAUUUAGUGACCAAAAAUGACACCAGUGGGCAGGUGGUAGAUGGUGCUGUUUUUCACAAACUGAAAAAACAGAAUGGCACAGAUAGUGUUGCAGUAGUAUCAUAAAUGCAUGUUGAAAACUAAAAUUCUGCACUUUACUUUUCUGUUGAGGUGGAUCUAGUAUCUGUUCCCUUCAUACAAAAGCCUGUAAGGCAUACUGUCACUGCUUUACAUUAGAAUACAGUGUUUUUUUCCCCAUGUAAUGUGUCAUAUUAGAGAUGUGUUCACUGUGAAUCUUGUUUAAAAAGAAAUGGGUGCUUCUAUGAUUGUUAUACCUCCCUUGGCUUUCAACCUCGGUUAUCUAAGGUUUUAUUUCCUAUUAUAUUUAAACAUGCACAUGUUUUACAGCACAGAAAUGACAGUGCUUUCAUCAGUUAUUACAAAAAACCAAAUAGGUUUUAUACAGCCACGCAAGCUUCAGACCUUAUCCCACAGUCCUCUAUUUACAAGGUGAUGCUGCAGUCACUAUUUACAAUUCAGUAUAAAUACAUUUGUAUUUUCCAACUGUAAAAGUGGAACUAUACAGUUGUUUUUGCAGUUUUAGCUACUUUAGAUAAAAUAUUGUAAACAUGUACUGCCAGCCAUUUUCAAAUGCAAACCAUAAUGUUAUAUAUUUUAAUGUUUUCUUCAUUAACUUUAAGCAGUCAUUUCUUUUCAUUAUUGUCACAGCUUUACGAAUAUGAGUGUAAGAACUGAUGGGUAACUGCAGUUAUUAAGGAAUUAGUUUGUGGCUAUGAGAUGCGAAUUUUCUGUAUCGCAAUGGAAAAAUGUUUAAAAUCCUUAUAAUUGAUUUUGAUACACAAUUUGUGCUUCCAUGAAUUACAAGUAUUUUCAUACCACAGGGAAAUCACAUAACACCAGUAAAUUCCGUAAAUCUUAUUAUUAAACAGACUAAAACCUACAAACAUAGUUCUGCUCUUACUUACUUGAUUUAUUUAAAAUAUCUUAAGAAUACAAAAAAACAUCCUUAAAGUAAUAUUCAAGAGUGUCUACAUACAUUUUUUUUUUAAACAAAUCCUUUUUCUCGGUCGUUGUGAACAUGUAUCUUUUUUUGGUUGUGCAUGAGAUACUGAGAUGAGAUCAAUAGUCCAGCUUUAUUUUGGGAUGAAACCUCAAUUUAGCUGAACAAUUUUUGCUUUUAUCCCACUCCACCUCUCUGUUGUAGCAGCUUUGUUUCUGUCUUAAUUAAACUCAUAAGAAAUCUAAAAGCCUUAAAUUGCCAAACUACAGUUUGUAUGGCUUCAAACCAAAUUUGACUCAGAGUUGUGUAUUUAAGACUUUUCAUAAUUACCUUUUACAUUGGAGAAUUUCAUCAUUAAAAGUCGUUUUUAAUAUA